AUGGCGGUACCAAGUUCGUUCCGGCGAGCACAGAUCGCCGGCGCCCUUCUCCUCGCGCUCUUCUUCCUCCUCAAGCUUUCCUCUCCAUCGGCUCCUGAUCCUCCAUCAUUCCGCACCACUUCACACCCUCCAGAACAACCCACGCGGGCCUACCCUCCUCCACAGUCACCAAAGAAGUCAGCAGUUGACCAGACAUCGAUUCAAGAAGUUGGUUCCAAGCCCUUGAGGGAAAGGUUAAAAUUCAACUUUCCCUAUGAAAUUGAAUCCAAGUUCCCGGCCUACAUCUGGCAAACAUGGAAAGUCGGUCCAGACUCUGGAGACUUCGAGGCGAGGCUGAGGCCAUUUGAAGCGUCUUGGACAGCCCUUCAUCCAGGAUUUGUGCACGAGGUUGUAGCGGACCAGGCUGCCGUGCAUCUCAUCAAUUACCUCUUCGCUUCAGUUCCGGAGGUCAUCCAAGCGUACGAAGCAAUGCCCGUUCCGGUCAUCAAGGCGGACUUUUUUCGCUAUUUGAUCCUUCUGGCGAGGGGUGGCAUAUACAGUGACAUUGACACCAAAGCACUACAAAGUGCUGCGGAUUGGCUUCCUGAGAAAUUGGAUCGGUCUACAGUGGGAUUGGUGGUUGGAAUUGAAGCAGAUCCAGACCGACCGGAUUGGAAAAAUUGGUAUGCUAGGAGAAUACAAUUUUGUCAGUGGACAAUUCAGGCCAAACCCGGCCAUCCGGUUCUACGGGACAUUGUGGCGACUAUUACAGAAGACACUCUUGCCAUGAAAAAAGCUGGCAUGCUGAAGAAGGGACAAACACUGAGAAAGGACAUUAUGGAAUACACCGGCCCAGGUGUCUGGACUGACGCCAUUUUCUCGUACCUGAACAACAGAGAAUAUUUCGAUUUUGCGUCGAGGAAAACGAAUGUCACAUAUUCGGACUUUUUCAACAUUAGAGAACACAAGAGGAUGGGCGAUGUGAUUGUGCUACCCAUCACCAGCUUCAGUCCGGGGGUUGGGCAAAUGGGAGCUGAAGGGCCCGAGCAUCCCAUGGCUUUUGUAAAACAUGAAUUUGAUGGUGAGCGACACCACGCCCGUCUUAGUGAAAAUGGGAGCUGA